AUGCGUUUCUCCACCGCCUCCAUCUUCGCUUGCGCUGUUGCGUUCGUCGCUGCCCAGGACUUGAGCCAGAUCCCCAGCUGUGCUCUUCCCUGCUUCGCCAGCGCCGUCCAGGGCUCCGGCUGCGGUCUCAGCGACACCAAGUGCCAGUGCACCACUGGCAACGCUAAGAUCACCGAGUCCGUCACUGCUUGCGCUCCCUCCAAGUGCCAGGCCGAUGACCUUCAGAUCUUCCAACUUGAUCUCUCUCUAACACCCAUAUCAGAGCUCGUCGCCGCUGCUGCUGGCAUCUGCUCGGCCGCUGGCUACCCCCUCCAGCAGGCUUCGUCUGCUGCCGCCGCUGCCUCUGGCGCUGCCUCCACCGGCAUGGCCAUGCCUUCCGGCUCUGCUAUGCCCUCUCGCUCUGCCAUGCCCUCUGGCAACUCCAGCGCCUCUGGCACCAUGAGCACCGGUGCCGCCGGCGCCAACUUCGUCAACGGCGCUCUCGUCCUCGCCAUGGGUGUCCUCGCCUUGUAA